AUGGCCGACUCAACAUCACCGACUCCACCGACCGUGAAGCGAGCCUGCGAUGGUUGCCAUAGAAGAAAGGUCAAGUGUAUUGGCGAUGGCACGCGUCCUUGCAAGAACUGCACGUCGGCCGGCCUGACAUGUACCUACAACGCUAUACCACAGAAGAAAGGGCCCAAGGGAAGUCGGGCCAAGGUCAUCUCCGAACUGAGGGAAACGCAGCGUCAGUCUCAGCUGGUGGCCAAACGACACCAUGCGGAGUUUGAGAACGAAAAUCAACCACCUGCGAACGUUAGGAGACAGGGCCUGCUUUCAAUGGAGAUGAUCACAACUUGCGUCGACUACUUUUUCGCCAACCUAUAUCCAACACAACCAAUCCUGCAUCGCCAAAAGGUUGGGGAAACAAUUGGCCAAAUGGACACAAACACUGAGGCAUAUUGUUUGACACUGUCGCUGUGUGCAUACAUGAUGAUUCAGCCAAACAUGGUACUGUCUCCAGGAGCCUUCGAUGGUCUUGAGAUCCCACCACAGCCGAGUAUUCAUGUGGGCCAGCUGUUGUUAUCAGAGGUUCUGCGGGUACGAAGGGGCUACAACUACGUCGAAAACCCUACAGUAUGGUCUGUCAUCACUUCGUUCUUUCUGUUCGGCAGCUACUUUUGCCUUGACCGACACAACACAGCUUGGUUUCAUCUACGCGAAGCAACGACACUGGCACAGAUCAUGGGGAUGAACGAUGAGACGACCUACCAAACACCGGACGUUGUCGAGAACUCACGAAUGCGACGACUGUACUGGCUUUUGUUUGUCACCGAGCGAGCAUACGCUCUGCAGCAGCACAAGCCUCUCACACUACACGCUACGAUCAACCUCCCAACACUGGAAGAAGACCCAGCAGAAACAGCAGAGCUCAACGGAUUCAUUCAUCUCGUCCAGCUAUUCAGGCCUUUUGAUGAUACUUUUGUCGGACUUUGGAACAAAGCUCGAGUGGGAUGUACGACCGAGUGGCUGGCACGGCUGCAACAGCAGCUCUCCGAUGCGCUUCCAACAUAUUUGCAAUGCACAGAAACCCAAGCAGUGGAUUUGAGAUGCUCGCAACAAUGGCUCAGGUGCAUGGUCUGGCAGCUCUCAAUCAGCCACGGCUUCCUCUCGUCAGCGGCUGCAGACAAUGCCAUGAGCUUCAACUUUCCGAUUGAGAUCUCCCGAGAUCUCGUACAGUCAGCGUCACAAUUUUCAAAGGAGUCCAUGGAAGUGCACGGCAUCGGUCUCAUCGAGAAGCUCUUCGACGUGGCCUGCACUCUGACAGACGUCUUGUCUGUGAUCCCUCAGGAUCAGUACGCCUACGGGCUUGGCCCUCGCGACUACCUCAGCCAGCUGAUGAACAUCAUCUCGAAUCUUCGCGGAGGCCAACAACGCUACCUUCCCCUGCUCAUGCAGAAGAUCACCGACACCAUGCCAAACACUCCGGCCUAUAUGAUUCCCGCCAUUCCUCCCAGCCUCAGGCCUGAGGAGAUUUACGAUGGAAACCAUAGUAGCGCUCCCACGAGUGGAGACUCUACACCGGCGUUUGGAAGCCCUCUUGGAAGCCCGCUCAGCGCUGGCAUUCAAAUGUACCCUGGUAGCGGAUAUCCUGAUAUGAAUGUGACUUCGGCGGGCUAUCACGGACUUCCGUCGGCUUCUGCACCGUCGCCGAUAUACAAUGCGCCUGCCAUCCACAACCCGCCUUCAUCUGUACCGUCGCCAGUCUACAACAUGGGUAAUCUGCAUGGACUGCCGUCGCAUUUGGCCAAGUAUGAGGCAGGGGGCUGA